ACGCUCUCACUUCCUGUCAUUCCCCCACCCGUCCCCGUCCCCCUAAACGACGUGUCACUUCCUGUCAUUCCCCCCUCCUCCUGGGGCCUCUACCCUCUGCUGCUCCUGUCCUGGGAGUCUGAGAGAGUGUUCAUUCAGUGUGUGUGGUGUGUGUGUUUGUGUGUUGGCUGGUACUGGGACAAAGCCAGGCGUGCCUUCUACACACCUCGCUGUGAAAACAGUGCUCUGGCCUCCCCAAGCCCCUCCCCCUCCCCUCCCUCACAGGACGCAUGGUUUUCAGAAGGCAUAGAAGGAGCGAGGGGGUGCUCUCUCUCUCUCCUCCUGUGUUAUUGACCUCAAAGCUAACCUGUCGCCCCAGUCUAGACGCUACGCUAGCAUGUUCAUUUGACCCGCCUUGGUUUAGAAACCCUCAAAGUUCUGGAAAAAUUGCAUCAUAACCUGUAUCAGGUUGAAGCAAAUAAAAAAAACGCAAAAAAAACUAGACAGCCGAUCCUCGACCGUUCUUGUGUCAUUUGAAAAUCAUGCAGUUUCUUUUACUAUCAGAGUGUAUGUUAAGCAACGGUUCUUAGUCACAACCCUCCCCCCAUCCCUCCCCCCAGCUCAACCAUGAAGCACAAGGCAGACAAACAAUCCAUAGCUAGCUUACUUCAAACCAGAGGUCCCUAGCUAGGGUACCCUGACGUUAGAAUACCUAGCUACCGUGCCCCCAUGUUGGAAUACCUAGCUAACUAGCAUGCUCCAAUGUUAAAACUGCUAGCUAGCUAACCAACAUACUCCAAAGUUGGAAUACCUUCCUGGCGUACUCUUAACAUUUGAAUGCCUUCCUAGCUAGUGUACUCCAAUGUUGGAAUACCUAGCUAGCUCCUAUACGCCAAUGUUCAAAUGUCUAGAAAAGAUUCUCAAACGUUGAAAUGGCUCGCUAGCACAUUCCAAUGUUGGACUACCUAUCUGGCUUACACCUAUGUUUGGAGUACCUUACUACACGGCGUUCCCUAACGUCGCAAUACCUAGCUAGCACACUGUAACGUUGUAAUGGCUAGAUAGCAGUGGGUUGCUAGUAGAUCAUUAGCCACACGGUCUCCCUUGGUAUGUGACGUGGUUCCGGGCGCGCUGGCUCAUCCCUCCACGGUGUUGGGCAUUUCAAAAAAAGCAUGGCGCGUUCGACCGUCUUGAGUUAUCAGCAUUUUCCAUGUAAAGCUUGAAACGUUGUUCCUCUCUGAAAUGUUACCCGUGUUUUUGUUUUUCCUUUCCUUUUUGAGUGUUUCCAUUUGUACGGGACUGCUAAAUGAUAUGCUUCAGAGCAGUUAGACGGCCUGCAUAUGAAGUUAGGAGUCCUGGAACGCUUUCCCACGGUUUCUAACGUCCCUGGUGGGGUGACGCAGGCCCCCUGAGCGGUUGAGCUCGCUGGUGAAGAAGCGCCAAGGUUGUAGACGCUAACCGCUUCAGACUAAUGAAGGAAGCAACCCUGGGCCAGCUGUCUGGUUGCUGAUAAUAGAACAUGUCCCGGUCCUGGCUGUGGAGGACACCCCUGCCCCAGGGGCGGAGCGGGGGUGCAGACUGCUUGUCUGACACCCAGGGCCCCACCCAGCAACCUCUGGUCAAAGAUUGUAAAUCUGUAAGUCUCUCUCCCCUCCUCAAACUGCUUCGAUGGGGGUUUUCCUCGAUACAUUAAUAAACAUGAUUCGAUCCUACUAUUCUGCUGUCGAUGUUUUUAUUGUUGUUGCCUCUUUUAUUAUGAUUUUGGUAGUCCAUGAUGUAUUCUAUCUUUAUAAUAGACCGGUUAAUAAAAGCGUUAUAGAAAUCCCCCGACUGUAAUCUGGAAAUUAGGGUCAACUGGUGAAGGCUACACCAGCCACACGGGUAGUAGGCUAGUGUUCCGGUAAGUUAAUAUAACUGAUAGAAUGAAAAAAGCGUAUGUUUAUUACCUUAAUUCUAUUAUCAGCUUGUAUUAUAUAAUGCAUUCAGAAUUAAGCAUACUGUCUUGCCGAAUAUCUAGAGCUGCUAUUCCAUACGCUGUUGUUGCCAAACAUGAGACGGCGAACCGCAUACGUCACGUUGCACACCUUCACCUGUCCUGUCGAAAGUUGUCCGCUGCACACGACGCUCCUCCCCGCAGGUUUUUUUUAGCCUCCAAUAAAACCGAACUCUAGCUAUCCACUUAAGAGGAAUUCUACUCGUCCUGUGGCUACAAACAUUGGAGAAAUGUUGAUGGUCCAAACAACCACAGGCGACAUGACGGCGGUGGCCGGGCCCUGGGAGGAGUUGAUGGAGGGGGAAGACGACAGCUACCUGUCCGGCUCCACCAUGACCCUUGACCUCCUGGACGAUGAACCCCCUGCCUUACGUCACCCCGAGCCACGCCACCUGACCCACUCCCAGCCAAUCACCAUCAGCCCUGCCAGGGUCAAAGCUGAUGAGGGCCGGUGGUCCUCCUCCUUGCCCACCAUACCCAAUCCCUUCCCAGAGCUGUGUAGCCCCCCCCAAUCCCCUGUGGUGAUUGGCUCAGUCCCACCAUCGGCAAGCGACAAACAUCUGAUCAGGGUGUUUGGGGAGGACAGCUACAGCCGGUCUCUGUGGGUGUCUCGUGGGGCUACAGCCAAGGAGGUGUGCCAUCUGCUGGUACAGACAGCUCACUGCAGCGACCAGGAGAGCUGGGCCCUCAUCGAGUUCCACCCCUCACGCGGCCUUGAGCGAUGUCUGGAGGACCAUGAGAUGGUUCUGCAAGUCCAGACCUCCUGGUCCAUCAAGACUGACGCCAAGCUGCUGUUUCGGAAGAACUACGCCAAGUACGAGUUCUUCAGAACCCCCGCUCUCUUCUUCCCAGAGGCCAUGAUCUCUGACAGCGCAGACGCCUCCCACGGCAUCAAGUCCUCCGAACUCAUCGAGACCCUGCUGCAGUCGGGUUCGUGUCCGGAGAUCCAGGGCUUCCUGCAGGUGAAGGAGCCCAGCCGCCGCGCCUGGAAGAGGGUCUACUUCCUGCUGCGUCGCUCCGGCCUCUACUCCUCCACCAAGGGAUCCUCCAAGGAGCCUCGCCACCUACAGUGUGUAGCAGACCUGGGCCAGCUCAGUGUCUUCCAGGUGGUGAACGGUCGACGGCUGUACGGAGCGCCCAGCAACUACACCUUUUGUAUCAAGCCUGCCAGAGAGCCUGUGCACACUCGUGGUCUGAAGCUGCUCUGUGCCGAGACUGAAGAGGCUCGCACCUGCUGGACCUCCGCCUUCAGGCUCUUCAAGUAUGGGAAACAGCUUCAUUCUAACUUCCAGUUCUCAAAGUCAGCUGCUCAGUGGUCCAACGACCGGACAGAAACCAGACUGAGGGGCUCCGACGCCAGCCUGGUUGCCAUGGAUUUCUCGGGCAGCGCGGGGCGAGUGAUCAGUGCCAGCGAAGCCAAGAGUGUUGAGCGAGAGGAGGGGCAGAGCUGGAGGAGAAGAGAAGCCCUCCUGGGCAACCUAGCCGGCCGGGCCCCAGGCCUCAGACCAGACUCUGGGGCUCCAGGGGCCGGCGGAGCCAGAGGGGCUGGAGGAACCAAAGGGACCUCAGCCAGCCAAGGGGCCCGGCCCUCUUCCAUCCACAGGGGUCACCCAUGGUUCCAUGGGGGUGUCUCCAGAAGGGAGGCCGAAAGGCUGGUGGAGGAGCAGGGUCUGGUGGAUGGUAUGUUCCUGAUCCGGGAUAGUCAGCAGCAAGCCCUUUGCUUUGUUCUUUCUCUGUGUCACAAACUCAAGACGAAACACUACUUGGUCAUACCGUGUGAGGAAGGAGGCCGCCAGUACUACUCCAUGGACGACGGGGUGACGGUGUUUGCUGACCUGCUGCAGCUGGUGGAGUUCCACCAGAUCAACCGAGGAAUCCUCCCCGUCUGCCUCAAACACCCCUGUGUGGGUGUAGCACUUUGACCUCUACCCCGCCCUCUAGCUUAACCUCCACCCUCUAGCACCACCUCCAGCCUGUAACACCACCUCCACCAUCGGUUCCAAACUCAAGCUCCAUCUCUGUCGUCACCACCACACCUCCACCCUCCAGCUCCACCUCCAGCAUUGGUUCCAAACUCAAUCUCCACCUAUACUACCACCAUCACACCUCCACCCUCUAGCUCCGCCUCUACUUCUAACCUUUAACUCCAUUUCAACCUCCAACCUUUAGCUCCAUCUCCAACCCAACCCCCACCCUCUAGCUCCAGCUCCACACUCACUCCACUGCCACCCCAAUAUUUACCAGAAUCACUGUCACUAUCUCCAGGGAUAUGUAUAAAUGUGUGUAUAUAUGAUCCUCUUCGACCAGAAACCUGGAACAGGAAGUAACCCAAACACUUUUUCUUUAAUAAGAGAUAAUGGGAUUGUUUCAGGCAACGCCUAGUUUUUACCGUAAUAAUUAUUCUGUUCCAUUCCAAUAUAGGGCUGGCUUAUGAAGUCUGGUUGCACAAUAUACAAAUAAUUUACAUUUUUACACGAGAUAAGAGCGUCUGGAUUUUCGUUGUGACGAAAACGUAGACGUUAAUGUUGGCCACCUGGUGUCGCUGUUGACUUAAUUUAACAGUUUCUUGACAUUGUGAGAGAUGCGCAAUAUUUCGCCGGUAGCGUAUUUUAAAUUAUAUAUUUAAUAAAACUGUCUGAUUACUUACGUCUCUGUUGGUGGCUAACUGGUGUAGUCUAACAGCCUGUUGUUCUGUUGUUCUUUUGUUCGCACAUUCUAUGUGAAUGCUGCAUCCUUAAUGUUUUUUAAUUGGAUUGGUCAUUAUCAUUAGUUCUACGAUGUUGGCAUUAGUCGCAGAUUUUCAUCAAAGUUAAUAUGACGGUUAACAUUAUUGUUUAUCAAAUACAUUUUGGGUUUUGUUUCAUGUUUACUUUCCAAUAUUGGCUGAAUAAAUUAUUUCAAAUAUUAACAUCGUUCUGAUUAUCUCAUCAAAGCUUAAAGGACACAAAAUAAAAU